AAGCAAUCGACAGGGACGAACGCACGAAACCUGCGUACGCCCCAAACAUUACCGAUACCGUCGAAACAAGUAUAUAUACGGACCAACAGCGCCGAGCUAAAUGUCCAUCUUACGAUCAAGCAAAGAGACGCACUGCACAGAUAACGAUAUCGGUCGAUAAUCUUGGAAGGGAAGGAAAUAUAGGAUACGUCAAUGGCGACGAGGCCGAGAACGUCCGGGACUGUUGCUGGCAGGGUGGCGCAAGCCAUGGGAAUUCCUGUGUAUGAGGAUUUCGAGCCCAGGUUCGAGUGGCAGGAGGAACCAACGGCGAAUUUCUUGAGCAUUUCUCUUCCAGGUUUUGUGAAGGAGCAAUUUAGGGUGACAUAUAAUGAGCGACUGCGAACUGUGAGAGUCAGCGGAGAGCGUCCUCUCGAGGCCAACAGAUUCAGCCGUUUCAGCAAGGAUUUCGAAGUCCCGGAGAAUUGCAAGCCGGGUGAGAUCAGAGGCAAGUUUGACGGCGGAGCUCUCGUCUUAACCCUGCCAAAGAAAACAAUCACGCAAGUCCCUCCUAAAGCAGCACCGCCCCAGGUGACGGCGACCCAGAAACAAUCUCCGAGCACUGAAAAAGAGCCAAAAUCCCCUAAGGUUGAUCAACAAAAUGUUCCCCCAAAGACCGCCUCAAGCGAAGACGUCGGGAAGAAGAAGAGCAGCAAUGAGGUGGUCGCCGGCGCAAAGGGAGCCGUUGAUCUGCCGAAACAUCAAAAGGGUCAAGAAGAUGCCCCUCCAAAAGCGACCUCAAGCAACGCCAGCGACCCAAAUGCGAGCCGGGUCAAGCCUCAAGAAGCUGCGUCAGAUGCGAGGCCUGACCGUGCUGCUUAUAGAGUUGAUGCAGGCUUGCGAAUUGUAGCAAAGGAGAAGGGCGACGGACCUACCGACAAAUCGCCCAAAACCGAGAAACCCAAAGAUCAACCGAUUCCACGUGAUACUAGGGGCAAAACAUCCUCGCAGAACGAGGACAACGCGCAGAGAAACGGAGCGAUGGAGGUUUCGAGGAAGAACAACAGCGAGGCCAGAUUGGAUGAUGAGAAGCAAAAGCUCAGCAUUCCAGAAGCCAUCUCGGGCAAGAAAGCGGAUGGAACCGAGGAUCUGGUGGGUGUUGUGAAGAGGGCGGUGAAGGGACUGACCGCAGGUUUGAACGAAGAUAGGCAACUGGUCGUGAAAGUGGGGAUGGCAGUUGUGGUGAUUGUAGCUCUCGGGGCCUAUCUGUCCUACAGAUAUGGAUCUUCCACAAGAGCCAAGAACUAGCUUCUAUCGACAGCAUAUCGUCCUCAAAUAAGAGAAAGUUACUCAAAUGCCAUCAUCGGGUUCCUCAUGAAAUGAAAUCCAUCGUCCAGUCUCUGUGAAUAAAUCUCAUGUUUAGUGAACUUUUAGUGAAUUUAAACGAAGAAAGUGACAUUGAACGACCUA